AUGAGUAGCACAGCCGAGGAAAACGUCGGAGACGGCGGCGGCGGCAGCACCGCGGCGCGAGUGGUGGUGGUCGAGCGCGUGGUGACUGUGGAGUACCUGGAGCCGUCCAUGUCGCGGAAGCUGCUGGGCAAGUUCCCGGACCCCUCCGCCUUCGACUUCGACUACUCCCAGAGCGGCAUCUGGUCCCCGCUCAACAAGGUCCCGCGCGGCGGCGCGUGCUGCGAGGCCGAGGCGGACGACGCCACCAACUCCUCCUCGACCGACUUCCUCAUCGCCAACCCGAAGCGCAGGGCGCGGGCCGGCGGUCGGCUCAAGGACUCGGCCACCGGGGGCGGGAAGUCCAGGUGGAGGCGCAGGCGAGUGCGGCGAGACGGGUCCUUCCUCGACCUCCACGACACGGGCAGGGCCAGGCUCGACUUCUCGCCGCCGGCGCCUUCCCCUGCGAAGGAGGGGUGGAGGCGGGUGCUCAAGGCGGCCAUCAGGAAGUUCAAGGCGCGGCAGCGGCGGUCCCAGCAGGCUCCCCUGCUCCAGAUGGUCCUCCCCAUGCUGUGA